AUGGCAAUGAUUCCAGUUAUAGACUUCUCAAAACUAGACUUGAUAAAGCCGGGCAGCCUCGAAUGGGAUUGGGUGAAAUCUCAAGUCAUGGGAGCACUGGAAGCGUACAAUUGUUUCGAGGCGUCGGUCGGUCGAGCCGUCGAGCAUCGAGAGCCGGUGUUUAGGGCCAUGGAAGAUUUCUUUCACUUGCCUUUUGAAACAAAAAGGCUUUGUGAGUCGAAGAAGCCCUUUCGUGGCUAUUUUGGCCCUCCACCACUAGGGUUGCAUGAAAGCUUAUCGAUUGAUGAUGCAGAUGUUGCUGAAAACCUUGAGCCCUCACCACCACUUUGUGGCCUCAAGGAAACAUAA